GAGUAAAGGAAGCAAAAACGAAGGGGGAAAAAAAGGAAAAGGAACCGGGAGCCAAGAUCCGGAAAGAAGAGGGCCCAAGGCUCAGAGCGAGAGAGCCGCCCCACUACAUCGCAGGGGCUGCCCCGACAGCUUCGGGCCGAGGCGGCGGGUUCCCCAGCCUUCGACCGUCUGCAAAGAGGGGCGAAGGGUGCCUUCCAGACGUGGGGGCAGAGACUCUUAAGGGCGGCGAUCUCGCCCCGAAGAAGAGGAAGAAGGCAACUCGGGGAAUCCUUGCUGGCAGAAGCGCUCGAGUCCACCCAGGGACCCCAACUGGAGAAAAGGACCCUCGGAGGGGACGGAGGCUAAGGCUCCUGCGCGUCCGGAGCCUUUUCUCGGCUCUCUGCUUGGCGGCCUUCCGUUGUUUUCGGCCUCGGAAAGCCCUCGGCUCGGGGAACUGCGCCAUUUGGUUCGUUUGGGCUGAGAUGGGCCGAAGUAGGAGCCGGCUUCAGGCCGGACUCUUGGUGACUUGGUUUUUUUUAACUGGCCUGGUUCUUGGUGAGGAACACAAUGGGGAAGGAGUCUCGUUUGGAGAAAUGUGCCUUGCUCAAUUUACGGCCGGGUUUCCGGAGUUUGUGCUGGACACGAAUGCCUCGGUGGAGAACGGCGCCACUUUCCUGGGUUCGCCGCCGGUGGAAAGCAACCGCGAUUGCGUCCGCGCCUGUUGCAAGAACCCCAAUUGCAACUUGGCCCUGGUGGAGCAGAGCCCCGGGGAGGACUCCGACGGCAUUCAGAGCUGUUUCCUCCUGGACUGCCUUUACGACCAGGCCUUGGUCUGCAGGUUUGCCAAGAAGGACGGCUUCCUGAACUAUAUCAGACGGGAGGUUUACAACGCUUACGCAACCAUGCGAAACCGAGACAACCGCGAUGAUCAGCCGCCUAAAGCUAAAGCCUGGAUGGAUGUGAGGGUCCAGUCCAAGGAUGAACCAGUAAUAUUGAAUGGCUCAGAAAGUACUGAUGAUAAUGGCAUUGUGAAUUAUGAAUGGACACUUCUUUCUGGUGAUUCCUCAGUGGUAAUGGAGAAACAGAAUGAUAUUAUGAUGCUUUCAAAUCUGAAUGAAGGGAUUUACAUCUUCCAAUUCACUGUAACAGACACUGCGGAUCAGCAACACUCCAUCAACAUCACUGUCACUGUACUUAAUUCUGAUCAGACUGUAGAUCAUUGCUUGGUUCCUUAUAAAGUGGGACGCUGCCGAGGCUCCUUCCCUCGCUGGUACUACAAUCCGGAAAUAGAGCAGUGUCAGCAGUUCAUUUUUGGUGGCUGCAAUCCCAACAAGAACAAUUAUGUAAGAAAAGAGGAAUGUGAUCUUGCCUGCAAGAAUGUUCAAGGUGCUGUUGAAAAACCCCAAAAACCAACAUGCAAUGGAAACUGCCUACCAGACUAUUUCAAAUGUGAAGAUGGCUGCUGCAUUGAAAAAAUUCUGGAAUGUGAUGAGAGACUAGAUUGCCGAGAUGGGUCAGAUGAAAAAUCUUGUGAUUCAUAUAUCCAAGGAUUCAAUAAGUUACAGAAAAUCAAUCCUUCUAACAGAACUUAUUGUGUGAAUAAGCCCGACACUGGACGAUGUGAAGAAAGUAUACCUCGCUGGUACUACAACCCUAUCACUGAGAAGUGUGGUCGCUUCACCUAUGGAGGCUGUGAAGGCAACAAAAAUAAUUUCGAACAGGAAGAAACGUGUUUGAAAGCAUGUAGCGGUAUCACAAAAGAAGAUAUGAUUGGUGAGAGAUGGAGAGCAUACGAAUAUCAACAAGCUAGUUUAAGUGCUUUUGAAGUGGCCGUCGCUGUGCUCCUCGGUGUCUGCAUUAUGAUAGUGCUGGCUGUCCUUGCCUACUUCUUCCUAAAGAAUCGAAAAACCUAUCGAAGACGUCGUCAGUCCCCUACUGUGGCUAAUUCCACUCUUUCUUCCGUCUUAUCAACUGCUGAAGACACAGAACAUCUGGUGUACAACAGCACCACAAAGCCCAUCUGAUUCUGUAGAGCUACCCUCCAUUUUUGGGAAGGACAAUCGUACCAACUGCUUGUAAUACUUGUUUGUGGGGUGGGGUGGGGGAGCGGUGAGGGGAUCUAUUGAAGGAUUUUUCCUUCCUUUUUUUCCAUGUUUCCUUAGACUAUCCAUUAGCUGCUUACAAGCUCUACCUGUCCUGAUCCUGUGAUAGUUUCUAAGGUUACAAGGAGUGACCAGAAGAUUAGCCCGCUCUGAUACUACAUGGAUGGCAUUUUGCAUUCAUGUUUCCCUGAGUUCUAUAAUGAAGGUUAUUUUAAAUUUAAGGACUUGUUAUAUCUAUUGAAGGAACCAUAAUUUAAUCUGGUGAAUGAGAUUCUUCUUCCCACAAAACUCAUUAGUGUGUGUGUGUGUGUGUGUGUGUGUGUGAGAGAGAGAGAGGGGGGGGGAGCGGAAACCUAUGUUGCCUUAAAGCCACCCUCUGUGGGUUUUAACUGGUACAAAAAGUUUUGCAGUUUUGAGACUUGUAUUUUGAUGGAAUACUUUGAUGGACUAAUUAAGUAAAAGUGGAAUCCUUUUCACAAAUUUAUUAAUGUCUGUGCUGAGGCCUGAGCUCAUCUCAUCUAUUCCAAAUAUCUAGGUUAUUGUUAAAUGGAAGACAGACAACGUUGUGAUUUGAUCUGAAUGCAUAUAAGAGGAAACAAAAAUUAGGUCAUGGCCGAAAAUCUGGGCCUGCCUUUCUCUUCUGGAUUUCCCCUACCUUCUAGUUAUCAUUUCUAGUUCAAUAUUACUGUUUUGAUUUCUUCAUAUCUAUUUAUUUUUAGAAUGAAAUUGUGACAGAAAAGAGGACAUUUCUCAUUGUCUAAUUUGUCUCCAACUAUACAAUUUCAUUAAGUAGUUAAAUAGCAUACUUAUAUAGGGGCAGUUUCAAAAUUAGCUUUUCUUCAGAGCUAAUUUUCACAAGAUCCUUGGACAAAAGGAAAGUCAUGAAAGUUGACAGACUCUGCUUCUUGCACAGCCAUCCUUAAAUAUAGAGAAAGUAGCAGGUAUAGAGAUAGAAUACAGAUUUGUCCUAAUUUUUCACAAAUAUGUUGUAUGAAAUAUAUAGGUUGAUGCCUGUGAUGUUUUCAUUUACCUUCCUGUUUGUUUGAGGUAAGAUAUUUUAAUCUCUUUCCUCUUCCCACUUUGACCUACAUCCCAGUUUGUAAAUUAUUGUCUUACAUUUUAUGGCAUCUGAUAAUUUACAGUUAUGCCUGAAUACUGGUUCACUUUAUGGAUAGAGAUGCUUGGAAUAAAUUCUCCAUCUCUUUUCAAAAACAUCCUCAAAACAAAAUAGUUGAUCAGGCUACACUUCUUGAUUUCUGAUCAUUUGAGGAUGAAUAGAAAACUCCUCUGAACUUGCUUAUGCGUGGAAGGAAGGCUGUUUUGAUAAAGGGCUUAUGCUUUGGGGUCACUUUGGAUCAUUCCCAUCAUCUGGCAAGUUUACACGUGACGUCAAACAUUUCUGAGGACACUGAAUCUUCCCAGGAACUAAAAGGGAGGAAGUAUUUCACAGUGGUGGAAGAAUAUAUGACAGAUUGACCUGUAGUUGGCUUGUAUUAUAGUGGAUUGCCCAGCUCUUGUCUGACUUUCUUGAGAAUCCAAUAGCAAAGCUGAAUAUUACUUUUAAAUCCAAAUCUUGCUUUUGAAUUUGAAUCAUCUUCCUCUCUGUCUAUAUAGCACAGGAGGUUAGCGUGUGAAGCCAGUGAGGAUACUCCUAUCCACUCUGUGUGAAGUUGUACAUAACUUUGGACAUACUCUAUGAUGCAAAUGAGAUGAUUAUUUUGUUUAUAUCCUUUUUUUUUGUAGAUGUCAUGAGAUUUUGUUUUAUUGUUGUACUGUACAUAAGGAUUCUUUGCUUGGAUGUAAAACCUCUGCUGGCUAAGGUGAAGAGUCCGCAGCAAAGUGAACAGGAUAAAUGAUUAAUAGGGAAUUAUCUGAAGGGAAGACAGCUGUUAAUUGCUCCAAGGGCCAAACCACCUCAAGCAUAGAACUGGCUGAGCAUCUAUGAGAAAUCGCAAAUUGGGGUGGGGAAGGAAAUGACAGAGCUGGUCAUUGUGCCUUGCGGGGAGGAGACGAGAGAUUACUCAUUGUGCUUUGCAGUUGACUUGAUUAUUCCACAUUGCUACAGCUGUUAACUCUUACCUUCUCCCUCCCUUUCUGUACCUCUUCACUGCUUUCUGAGCCCUCAACUUCUGAAUUUCUUCUCUGACGGUAAAAUUUUUAAUAAAAUAUUUUCUUUACAACUUG